UGUAACUAUCCGAGGUGUCAUAAAAACGCUAGAAAUGCGAAAGCGAAUUCCUUAUUAGCUCUGAACUUUACCGUACCAAUUAAACUCAGGCUAAACGCGAACGCAUAUCAAUAAACAAAAGACUGCACGAGUGCACGGCUUGCACCGACGCACACACGCGCACUUACACCCUACACAAUGACGUAAGUGCUUCUAUGAUGCAGUGGACAUACGGCCUGUCGGACGCGGCGCGCCCCUCCAGUCGGGUCGCAACUUGCAGGCUGUUGUAGUAUCCGGCAUUCGGCCGCCGACCCCCGCGCCGGGCGAACGUGACGCGUUGUGAAGUGCAGUGUUCAUGGACAGCCAACAUGGUGCGUUCUCUGUCUCAGUGGACGAAGACCCUCAGCUUCCCAGCGAGGUUGUCUCCCAACCGCACCUCCAAGGAGAGUGUGGUCAACGUGCAGCCGGGCUCCCCCGGAGUGUCCCCGACUCCGAGCGCCUCCUCGCUCCCCCAAGGAUCCGAUAAAACAGUUUCCCCUAUCCCCAUCACGGAGAUCAGCCAAAUCAUAUACCCGGAUCCGGAGUCGGAGAAGGCGAUCAUGGGGUCCGUGGUGUACUGCAUCCACCAUAAGGAGGGAUGCCAGUGGUCCGACGAGCUUCGCAAACUCAAGGCGCACCUGAACACUUGCAAGCAUGAUGCGGUGCUCUGCGCGGCGCAGUGCGGUGCCAUGAUACCGCGGGUGCUGAUGCAAGAUCACCUCCGGUACACCUGCCCUCGCAGACGGGCUAACUGCGAUCAUUGCGGGAAGGAAUUCUCCGGGAGCGCUCUUGAGGAACAUCAAGGCAACUGCGGCCACGAGCCGGUAUACUGCGAGAACAAGUGCGGUGCCAAAGUGCAGCGCCGACACACGCAGCAGCACAUCCAGCAGCACUGCAGCAAGCGGCUCGUGCCUUGCAGGCAUUGCGGGCAGCGGUACACACAGGAUACAGUAUCAGCGCACGGCGCGACCUGCGCGCGGGCGCCGGUGCCGUGCCCGCAGUGCUCGGCGGCGGCCACGAGGGAUGAACUCGAAACACAUCUUAGAGAUCAUUGCUCGGCCGCUGGUGCUUGCGCGUUUAGAGACGCCGGCUGUCGGUUUAAGGGCACCCGGCAGGCCCUGGAGCGGCACUCGGAGGAGUCGUGCCAGCAGCACCUGGCGCUGGUGUCGGCGCUGGCGGCGCGGCAGGCGCGCGCGCUGGAGACGCUGCGCGCGGCCGUGGCGCGCCUCGCCGUCAACUGCUCCGGCGCGCUCGUGUGGCGCGUCGCCGACUGGGCCGCCAAGAUGGCCGAGGCCAAGUGCAAGGACGGCGUGGAGCUCGUGUCGCCGGCGUUUUAUACGAGCCAGUACGGAUAUAAGUUACAGGCGUCUCUCUUCCUAAACGGCAACGGUGCAGGCGAGGCCACCCAUAUGUCGGUCUACAUCAAGAUCCUACCAGGAGAGUACGACGCCCUGCUCCGCUGGCCCUUCGCUCACACCGUCUCUUUCACUCUCUUCGACCAGAGCGCCUCGCCAGACAGAGCCUGCAAUAUCGUGGAAUCCUUCGUACCCGACCCCACGUGGAAGAACUUCCAAAGACCGUCGAAAGAGCCGGACGCGCUUGGAUUUGGGUUCCCGAGGUUCGUGUCGCAUGAGAUGCUGAAGAAGAGGAGUUUUGUGAAGGAUGACGUCAUGUUUUUGAGGGUUAAGGUGGAUCCGAGCAAAAUUGUCGCCGUUUAGGUUAAGAUAAAUAAGACCUGUCGAAAAUUUUGAUUAAACCAGUAAUUUGAUCGUUUUGGGAACAAUAAUUUUGUUUAGAAUCAAUGAUUUUGCUAUUAUGAACGAAUUAUUACCUAAUUUUGUUUUCGGUUAAUAAGUUUUGGGAACUUUUAGUAGGAUAUCUGACAUUAUAAUUAUUGAAAAUUAAAGAAUACCGCACAAAAUUAAAUUAGUCAUCGUUAUUUAGUAUUAAAAUAUUUAAAAGUCAUAGAUUUAAUGUAAAUAUUAAUUAAGUUUAUAUUAUAAUUAGGUUAUUUAUGUGAAUAUUUGUAAAUAUCGUAGGGUAGAAGCACAUUUGAUGCAUUGUUAUCCUUUCACUAAAGAUCUCUUGAAUUUUAUAGCCGCCAGACGGACGUAACGAACUGAGCUGUUUCAAAGAAAAUUGAACCUUAUUCAUAUACGUAAAUAGUUUAAAUCGCUUUGAAAAAUUAAUGCAAUUCGGAUGUUAUACGUGCCAUAAGAAAGGACACACGUUUUUAUAGGACACUGCAAAAAUAGUGUGUUGUCAAAUAAGCUUCGUUUAGGCGUUUUUGUAAGCCUUGAAACUAAUUAAAGGCUUUUUGAAAAACGCCGACGACCCCUGACCCACAGAUUAAUAAAAAUUGUCUUUGAAACGUGACAAGUUCCGUUACCGCGGCAGAUCUUUGUACAUAGAACUCUGUUUUAACAAAAAAUAAUUUAUCCAUAAAAGUUGUGAAAUUUAUUGUAAAUACAACACUAUCGAAGAUCAAAGAUUGUAAAUAUGUUUUUUUCUACUUUUUUAAAAAGUCGCAUUAUCUGUGUGUUAUAAGGCUGGAGAUAGACCAAAGUGAUGACUUUGUCAGAGAGAAAUAAUGGCGCCAAUGAUUUAUGUUUGUCGGUUAAAUAACUUAAAUUAUAGUUAUUUUGGCGUAUUCUUCAAAAAUAUCGCUUAUUGCAAGAAUUGGUUCUUGGCAAACACAAAUUGAAGGCGCUCCAUACAUUUCUUACAGCAAAGUCCAUCAACAUGUAACAGCGACAUGCUGUAUUAUAUGUAUAGGUAUAUUUAGGCAAUUAUCAAUAUCAUUGAUUCCUUUAUCAAAAUCAUUUAAACACAGAAAUGUUUAUUUGAAAAAUGCUUGAGCGUUCAUGAUUAUUAUUGUAUAUAAUUUUCUAAUAAUUGGUAUUUCUCUGAUUGGUGUGUUUUGUUUUUUAAAUUGUUAAAUUGUCAGAUCUCUUGUAAGCUCGCUUUAAACUAAUCUCAUCGGUAAUUAUACAUUCCAAUUAAAACAUAUAAUAAGU